AUGGCGGCCUGCGUACAGGCAGCAUCAGCCCCCGCAGCCGUCCACGACCCCGGCGCCGGCGCCGGCGCGGCGCGACCGACCCGCAAGAGGACGCGGAUCGCCAUGGGCAGCACCGACGACUACGAGGAGACCGGCCGCAUCGGCACGGGCGCCUUCGGCUCGGUCCACAAGGCGCGCCACCGCGGCACCGGCCGGACCGUCGCCAUCAAGCGCCUCGCCGCGGCCGACGGCAGCCAGGUGGCGCUGCUGCGGGAGGCGUCGCUGCUCGAGGCGAGCGGCCGCGACAACCCGUUCGUCGUCGGCUUCCACGGCCUCGCCCGCAGACCGGCCACCAUGGACCUCUGCCUGGUCAUGGAGUGCGUCGGCGCGAGCCUCCACGACCUACUCCACCAGCGCCGCUGCGAUGGGAUGCCGCCGCUGCCGGAGGCGACGCCUCCGCCGUACGAGACCGCCGGAUCGCUGUGGUACAUGGCGCCCGAGGUGCUGCUGGGGAAGCCCGACUACGACGCCCUCGUCGACACCUGGUCGCUCGGCUGCGUGAUGGCGGAGCUCAUCGACGGAUCCCCUCUGUUCAUGGCUUCCAAUGAAGCAGACCAGCUCGACGUGAUCUUCAACGUCCUUGGCGUGCCAGAUGAAACGACGUGGCCAUGGUUCUCGUCCGCGCCGUUCGCCACCAAGUUGAUUCCGAAGCUGAACAUGAAGCGGCGCAACCUACUGCGCGAGGAGUUCCCCAAGAAAAAGCUGUCCGUGCAAGGAUUCCAGGUACUCAGCGGCCUGCUCACUUGCAACCCCGACAAGCGGCUCACGGCAGCUGCCGCGCUCAAGUACCCAUGGUUCGCCACCAAGAUGAACACACCGGAGCUGCACCUGCAAAAGAAAGAAGAAGUGCCAUCAACGUUGCCCAAGAUCAAGAGAAUAAGGGUGCUGUGUCCGUGA